UUAGUCGGCCGGCCGCUUCCGCGCGCGUCGGAGCUAGCAGAGAGUGUGUGUGAGUUAGUGAGUGUCCCGCGAGUUGUCUUUGGCCUUCCCCCGUUUUAGCGAGCCGUCAAGGCGGGGCAGGCAGGACCCGCACCGCCCCAUGGUGACCUCGCAUGGGGUCGUACCACACGUAUCCGUGGUACCGGGGUCAGCGCCGUUGGGGUCGCUCGGGCCGUUGCGCGGCAGCGGUAGGGAGAGUAGCUGCUGCCACCCCUCUCUGACUGUCGGUGUUGUGGUCUCCUCUCUCUUAGCGUAGUUCUUGUAGACAGCUCUCCUCCUCCUCCUCCUCCUCCCUCAUCCCUCACACCCGCCCUUCUAAAGAACGAAGAGCCGGACGCUGUCGACAGCAGGAAAAGGCUGCUCCACAAGUUGGCAGCCAUGACUACCUGCUCCCUGUUGCACGUGAAGAUAUCGAACCUAAGUCCCGGGUCCCUCCACCACAAGGAUGUGCUGUCCAAAUACGGCGGCGGCGGCGCGCCCGGCUCGAAGGGCGGAUCUGGAGCCAAGCCGCAGCUCUCGUCUGUCCGGAACGGCCUCCCCUCCAAGAACAGCCUGCUGCACCCGGAGGGCCCGCAUCACAAGCUGCCGUCGCUGGGGGCGGCCACUCUGCGAGCUAGCUCAGCCGCCGCGCCGCCCACGCCCGUGUCAGCGGGCCUGCCGCCCGUGAUGCCCGUCGCCUCCAACGGCAACUAUCACCACCACCAAUCCGCGUCGUCCAACAACAACGAGAGGCUCGACCCGCACGGCAAGAAGCUGCCCUUCACCCCUCAAGAAGCCCUUAAGUUGUACGGCAGUCGCCUGACUCAGUAUGAGAGGGUGGAGAUAGAGGAGUACCCAGACGUCUGGUAUCUGGGCCUGGAUGCCUGCAAGAUCCACGGGGACCCACAGAACGGAGAGUUUGACGACGACAACGGUAGCUACAAUAAGGUUCUUCAUGACCACAUAUCAUUCAGGUAUGAAAUCCUUGAAGUCAUCGGCAAGGGGAGUUUUGGUCAAGUAAUACGGGCUUUGGACCACAAGACAAAUCAACAUGUAGCUAUCAAAAUAAUAAGGAACAAGAAAAGGUUCCACCAUCAGGCACUGAUAGAGGUUCGCAUACUGGACGAUCUGCGCAAGAAAGACAAGGACAGCAGCCACAACAUCAUCCACAUGCUGGAGUACUUCUACUUCCGCAACCACUUGUGCAUCAGCUUUGAGCUCAUGAGCCUGAACCUGUAUGAGCUGAUCAAGAAGAACAACUACCAGGGUUUCAGCCUGUCGCUCAUCAGGCGGUUCGCCCACUCGCUGGUCCAGUGCCUCAAGCUGCUGCACCGGGAGAACAUCAUCCACUGUGACCUGAAGCCGGAGAACGUGUUGCUCAAGCAGAGGGGCAGCAGCUCCAUCAAGGUGAUAGACUUCGGCAGCUCCUGCUACUUCCACCAGAGGAUGUACACAUACAUCCAGUCAAGGUUCUACCGAUCCCCGGAGGUCAUUCUGGGCCUGCCGUACGGCACGGCCAUUGACGUUUGGAGUCUCGGCUGCAUCCUGGCAGAGCUGUACACGGGCUACCCGCUCUUCCCCGGAGAGAACGAGGUGGAGCAGCUGGCCUGCAUCAUGGAGGUGCUGGGGCCUCCCCCCAAGGAGGUCGUGGCCAACGCGUCCCGGCGGCGGCUCUUCUUCGAUUCUAAAGGCAACCCAAGAUGUGUGACGAACAGCAAGGGUCGCAAGAGGAAGCCAGGGUCCAAGGACUUGGCUUUGGCUAUUCGGUGCAAUGACCCGGUGUUCGUGGACUUCGUGGCCAGAUGUCUCGAGUGGGAUGCCAAGAAGCGACUGACUCCCGAGGAGGCACUUCGCCACGAGUUUCUGCAGUCGGCGAUGCCACAGCACGAGCUGCGGAGGUCUCCGUCAGAGUCGGCCACCAACCACGGCAGGCGGCACGCCGGUGACCCCACGACGGAUGCCCAGCAACAGUACUCGCUGUACAGGCUGUACCGUGGGAAGAAGUCCUCCUCCAAGCUCCCGGAGAGUGACCAGCCAGACCCCUCACUGACCAAUGGCAAGCCUGCCAAGCUGAACGGCCUAGCCGGCACCAACGGCAGCAACCGCACCAUCACCGACCUCAUGGCGAACCUGGACACGAAUCUCGAUGACUCGGGGACUUUCCUGCCGCCAAUCCUGUGAGCCACGGACGCUAGUGACUUCUCACGUCGUUAGUUCCCUGGGAAUCAUCCCGUUUACCCCAUCCGUUAGGUACCGAGGCCAUUUUGUCGCAGUUUGGGGUUGCACCCUUGUUCACUGCGUGGCAUUAGCUCCUGGUACGUUCCCUAGCUCUGUGUCUUAGUGCAGUACGUGUUACUUGCCAAGAACUUUCAGAAGAGCCCUUGAUCUCAUGUGAUCAUUCAUUGUGAUAAGAGACAUUAUGGCAUUUAUAUGAUUAAUGUUUUAACGAGUUUAUAUUUACUGUCCUGUUUCCCUCCCUCCCUCCCCGCAUCAAGUACGUACAUGUCCCGUCUUUGAAAUUGGCGUUGUCAUAGUCGUGUGUGAAUGUUGACUCUCGUGUGUGUUCCUUCAGAUGCCAAUAUUUUAAUGUUAAGAUUUGAUUGUUGGAGCUCAGUUCGCUUGUAUUUCUAGUUUUUAAGGCAUCAGCAAUCCUGUCCUCCAGUGGUCAGUUGCUAGAUAUUGUAUGUUAUUAGUUCCUUAAGCAAUUUGUCAUGGUUUUUGUAAUGAAUAAGUUAAUAUCACAUGAUUACAUAGUGGCCUAAACAAUAAUUUACUAAUGAAAAUUGUUCAGAUCAAACAAGCAGUUUGUAUAAGACCUGCCUACAUUUUUUUUAUUUUUAGAUUAUGGUAAUUUAGUCAGUAGAACUUGCACCUUAACAUUUCAGUCUUUCAGUACUCAAUAUAAAAUGUAUAAGCAUAACAAUAUAACUUGUUCAUAAUUAUGUACACUUUGGUUGCUAUAAUCUUUAACAAGGACUUGGUUACAUGAAUGUAGGCAUCCCGGUAUGCUUUUCGUGUACUGGUGCAAGUCGUUCAUGGAGUUAAGGAUUUUAUUUUAAUGUAUGCUAUUUAGUGAAAAUUAUGUGUUGAAAUUAUUUAAAUCCAUGAGUGGCUUGUGCAACUAUAAUCAAGAGGGGAACAUUGUUCACAUAUUCAGUUUUAUUUAUUCAGUAUUGGUACAAGUCUAGAACUACGUAUAUCAAUUUCAGAACAAUAGUUUAUUUUUAUAUCCUCUCAUUGUUUUUCAGGAUUGAUAUAAUUUCAUCCCAUUUUGGUUAUUUUACUUCAAUUUAAAAUAAAUUUGUUUAGGUCCACAUUAUUUCUCCAUUUAUAAGUGUUUUACGAAGACAACUUUAAUUUACACAUUAAUUUCACAAAUUUCUUUGAACUCAUUUAAUACAAUUGUAGAAAACUGUUUAUUUUUACUGACCUGCCAUUUUACAUUUCCUCCGGUUACUGAAUAAAAUGUUAGAAUUAAUUUUUUGUCUCCCCAGGAAUCUAUAAUUUAAAUUUUGUACUGAAUUCACUUGUAUUAAAACAUUUUUUUUAUACUCGCAAUGUUAUUUUGCUAUGCAGUGAUAUCAGUAUCCAUCUGAUACUUAAGUCAUGAGCUUUGGUAGUUUUAGUGUGUGAUAAUCAUUUUGUUGUGUUUUAAUUUAUGUAGAGUUAAGGUAAAGUAGGUUUUUAAAGAAACAUUUUAUUGCAUUUUAUGUUGUACAUAAUUUUUAUGAAUAUACAUUAAUUUGUGCAUUUAAAUUUUUUUACGACAAGUUUUAGCAUAUUUAUCACAGCCUUUUUCUUUGACUGGUCUGAAACUUGAAUUUGCUGUAGCUAAGAUGGCAAGACCAAAUAAACCCAGUGAUUUUAAUCCACUUGGAAUGUUAAUGAGCCAUUGUGUUUUAGAAGAAUUUUGGUUUUCAAGUUGAGACAUUAUAUGAGAGUGUUUUUACAUAGUUACUAAAAUAUGACUUGUACCAGCAAGUGUGCAGACAGUAAUUUACUUGAAUAAAUGUUGUGAGAUUA